CUUUGUUCAUCUUGGUUCAAUAUGCGUCCCGUUGCUGUCCGAUUAUAAUCCAGGUAUCAAUUGAAUUGGGCAAAGCUUCAGCAAGUAGUAAUCGCCAAGCAUCAUUCAAUCUGUUAUCGUGAAUCCAAUUCAAGGGAAGAAGUCUCUCGCUCUCUCUCUCUCUUUUGUGGGCUAGCUCACAUAGGAAAUAUGGCGAGUAUAGCUCACCUCCGUCACUCUCCUCUUGCCGGGCACUACCACCAUCUCACCCACAUUCCUCGAAUUCGUAGCCAAACAAUGGAAUUUGCUGAUGUUACCUUUCCAUAUUCAUCAUCACCUUCACCUACUCAAAAACUCUCCAUUAGUCCUCUCCACCCAAAACAUUUCAACCCCAGUUUGCUUGUCAAACCCCAACUUACGUGUGCCGGCGGCGGGGCCAGUGGCGACAGUGGAGUGGGACGUGGAAGCGGUGGCGGUGAUGGUGGUUGGAGCAGUGGAGGUGGAGGUGGAGAUUCCGAAGAUUCAGCAUCUUCGUGGGAUGGUCUUGGACCUAUAGGGGCUUUUCUUAAUGGUUGGAGAUCGCGAGUUGCUGCAGAUUCCCAGUUCCCUUUCAAGGUUCUAAUGGAAGAAUUAGUUGGUGUAAGCUCGUGUGUUCUGGGAGACAUGGCGUCUCGUCCUAAUUUUGGGCUAAAUGAGCUUGACUUUGUUUUCUCAACCCUUGUUGUCGGAUCAAUUCUGAAUUUUGUGCUAAUGUAUCUGUUAGCACCCACAAUGUCUUCUUCAGCUCAGAACCUCCCUUCAAUUUUCGCAAAUUGUCCUACAAGCCACAUGUUUGAGCCUGGACCCUAUUCUCUUUUCAACCGUGUUGGGACAUUUGUGUACAAAGGAACUCUUUUUGCUGCGGUUGGUUUUGCAGCUGGAUUAGUUGGAACCGCUAUCUCAAACGGGUUAAUGAAGAUGAGAAAGAAGAUGGAUCCCAAUUUUGAGACUCCAAACAAGCCUCCACCAACUGUUCUGAAUGCUGCAACUUGGGCGAUUCACAUGGGUGUUAGCAGUAAUUUUAGAUACCAAACUCUCAACGGGAUUGAAUUUUUGCUAGCCAAAGGAGUUACACCCUUAGUGUUUAAGACUUCUGUGAUUGUUUUGAGAUGCCUGAAUAAUAUUCUCGGAGGAAUGUCAUUUGUUAUACUGGCAAGAUUGACAGGAUCACAGAGCGUUGACGGGGGGAAGACGAUUACUGUUGAUGAGGGAUCAGCUGCUGAGACCAAGUUGAUAGAUGAUAGAGAGGAUUUAUCAAGCAACGAGUCCACUUCCAAGUCACGGAACUUCUACUUGGAACUUGGUCAUUGACAUUGACCCUCAACCAUGAAUUACUGUCUUGCAUUUGGUUUUGACCGACUUGUACCUACUGAUAUUAAGCUUUUUCUCCGCUUUUAUUUAUGAAACAUGAUUUUUGAG